AUGGCUUUCAGUAAUGAUAGCACCGAUGAAGUUUUGCUUAUAUAUCAGCAAAUAUUCCAGGUUGGACUGACUGAGGGACCGAUAUCAAAAGGUAGUUUUGCAAUUUUAAUGUCUCUGUUCUUUACUUAUUUGAAUGCUAUCAUGGUCUACACUCUUUGGAGUAAGCCUGUUUUUAAAGAGACUCCACGCUACAUUCUGUUUACACACAUGCUUCUCAAUGACUCCAUACAUCUCCUUCUUUCCUCCUUGUUAUAUAUUAUAGGUCUGGCCUAUCUCAAGCUAGUCAUGGCUGCUUGUGCUUUUGUGGUUUUUGUUUCAGCGACCACAUUCAAUAACGCACCUUUAAACCUGGCUGUGAUGUCACUGGAGCGUUAUGUGGCCAUUUGCCUUCCUCUAAGACAUGCUGAAAUAGCCACUCAGAAAAGGACUCAUAUCGCUAUCGGAAUCAUUUGGUUUAUUGGUUCUAUAAACUUCAUAAUUGACUUGCUAUAUGGAGUUGUGACGGAUUCUAACCUUUUAACUUCAGAAAUAUUUUGCACAAGAGAAAGACUUUUCAUAAAGCAAUGGCAAUUAGAUGUUUAUCGGGGCUUUAACAUAUUCUUCUUUGUGACAGUGUCUGUGAUUAUCCUUUUCACUUAUAUCAGCAUUUUCAUCACAGCCAGGUCCAUUUCCUCCAAUAAAGACUCGGCUGCAAAAGCCCACAAGACCGUCCUGCUGCACAUCAUUCAGCUGGGCCUGUGCCUCACCUCUUUUCUCUACAGUUUAAUAGAGCGAGCUGCAGCAAUGGCCGGCAGCAGCAAGCUCUUCAUGGACUUGCGUUAUUUGAACUAUUUAUUUGUGUUGAUCUUGCCACGCUGCUUAAGCCCACUCAUCUAUGGACUGAGAGACGAUGCUGUACGCCCAUUAUUCAUCUACUACUUCCGCUUUGGCACAGGCAAACGCAGGUCUACAGUCAAUGUACACUGA